AUGACUACUUGCAUGCGCCAGCUACGGAUUAUGGUCAUCAUCUCCGAGAAGGGACUGAAAUUUUGUGAGGGUCUCAAGCUUUUUAUGUACAAGUCAACCCCAACCGAUUUAAUCCCAGGUGAUGCCGGAGAGUGGCCGAGAGAGGUCAACCACGGAACCCCGGACGAAGCGGCGUUCAAGAUGAUGGAGAAAACAGAAGGUGGAAAGGAAACGGUACAUAAAAGGGAAGUUUAG